UCUCAAGCCCGUUUUUUUUUUCCUGGCAAUUCUUGCCAGCUUGGAACGUACAGAACCGUUUUGGACCCGCAUUGGACUGGACCAGGAUCUGGCCGGACCAUGUCGGGGCCUCCCGGGUGGAUUGCGGUUUGGGUUUGGGUCACCUUGGUGUCCCUAGCCCGCCUCGGUCAGACACAAUCCGGGACAAACGGUGACGUCCACGGACGUCCGAACGCGGGAUUCUUCCCGGCCCCCGUGUGGAAGUUCCUGGCAGUGUCAGGACGCGGAGGAGGCACUUUGGACCUGGGUCGGCCGCGGUUCCGUUGCGGCGACACGACGCUUUCUGUCCGCGUGUCCCUCAUCCGACACGCUAAAGCGCGCCUCCCAGACGGGAGGAGGCUGCCGGUGCUGCACGACGCAUGCGCGGCUUCGGUUCGGAGGUUCGGUCCGUGGCUGCUGCUCAAGCUGCCGUACAGCAGCUGUCACCUGCACGCCACGGUGUCAAAUGGAAGACAUUUUCACCAGUUGGAAGUCCAUUAUUUUGACAGUCUGCUGCAGACUAACAUCAUAGGUGUGGCUUCCUGUGAGAAUCCUGCCACCGCCGUGAAACUGACACCGCCAUUGGUCCUGUGCAGACCAACACAAAUAAUUGUCAAAGUGCCUCUGGGGACCAAAUUGAUAAGGGUUAAAGAUCUGGGAAAUGACGGUGACAUCCCCUCUACGAUCAGCACGUCGAAUGCAGGUGCUGUGUUUGUGCAGGUCUCUACACCAGCUAAUAUGAGUUCCAUUAUGGAAAUUGUUCUUUUGGACUCUCUCGGGGACGUGUCAACCAUGCUGGCAGCUUGUUACAACGCAACCGCACAAAUUGGACGAAGACGUCAGCCAAGAUCUGUGCAGCAACAUCUCAGGCAUGAACGAGGAGGUGGCGAGGACAGUAAUUUUGAAACUUACAACCCAGAAACGCAAGCAUGCAAGACCCCUGUAACACAGGUGUCGUAUGACGAUGCGCAUAUCUUUGAGUUGUGGGGUUAUGAUGAAAUUCCUCAACGACCAUAUACUGGAGUUGAAACAGGCGACGCAACAUGUGAUCAAAUGCCUGCUAGCCUUACACCAACUCCUUUGUGCAAAGUUGAGACAUCGUCUGAAGUGGCCUGUGCCGCAACUACCUCAACUGCAAGCACAGGUCUGUUCACUGGCAUCUGUUCACCAACACAUACAACUACUACGAAUCUAUGUCCAAUUCUAACUCAAAUUCUGCCUGAAAAUACCCCUGUAGCCCCGUGCCCCUCAGCAGCAAUGGCUUCUACUUCUGUGGCGCCGAGUAUUUGUGCUUUUGCUACUGUUGAAGGUACAACUACUCCUGCCUUGGUGGCAUGCUCUGGUUUGACCAGGACUACUGGUGUACCAAUGGCAACUUCCCUUUCUACAACUAAAACUACUGCCUUACCAGCAACAACCAAUCCCGAUGUACCAAACAUCCAAUCUUUCAGUAGGCCAACAUCUGUAUCUUCCAAAUGGCCAACACCUCCUGAAUCAACAGCUACUACACCAGAAUCGUUUCAAUGGCCAACACUUCCUCAAAUAAUUCGAACUCCAAAAACAACCAUUACUGAUGUACAAAGCCCUACAACUCUUGUGACACCUUCAAAAACUACGACACAACCAGAAACAACCAAUCCUGAUGGGCCAAGCACCAUUUCUUCUCAAUGGCCAGCAUCCCCUGAAUUAACUACCACAUCAAAAACAACCAGUCCUGAUAUACCAAGCCUCACAACACCACUUGUGACAACCACUUCUGAACAAACUAAUGCGAUGGCAGUAACAACAAAUCUUGAUGUACGAAGCUCUGCAACUCUUGUGCCACCUUCAGAAACUAUAACACUAGAAAACACCAGUCCUGAUGUACCAAGCACCAAAUCUUCUCAAUGGACAACACCGCAAUUAACUUCAACUAUUACUGAUGUACGAAGCUCUACACCUCUUAUGACAACUUCAGAAACUACAACACAACCAGAAACAACCAGGCUUGAUGUACCAAGUACCAAAUCUUCUCAAUGGACACAACCUCGUGAAUUAACUACAACUCUAGAAACAAACAGUUCUGAUGUACCAAGCCCCACAACGCUGAUUUUGACAACCACUCCUCAACUAACUAAUACGAUGCCAGUAAUAACCAGUCGUGAGGUACGAAGCUCAACAACUACUUUGGCACCUUCAGAAACAACAACACCAGGAAGGACCAUUUCUGAUGCACCAAGCACCAAAUCUUCUCAUUGGUCAACACCUCCUGAAUUAACUACAAUACAAGAAACAACCAGUCCUGAUGUACCAAGCCCUACAACUCCACUUGUAACAACCACUUCUGAACCAACUGAUAUGAUGGUCUUAACAACCAGUCAUGUACAAAGCCCUACAACUCUUAUGGCCCCUUCAAAAACUACAGCACCACCAGAAAACACAAGUCCUGAUGUACCAAGCACCAAAUCUUCUCAAUGGACAACACCGCAAUUAACUUCAACUAUUACUGAUGUACGAAGCUCUACACCUCUUAUGACAACUUUGGAAAUUACAACACAACCAGAAACAACCAGGCUUGAUGUACCAAGCACCAAAUCUUCUCAAUGGACACAACCUCCUGAAUUAACUACAACUCUAGUAACAAACAGUUCUGAUGUACCAAGCUCCACAACGCUGAUUUUGACAACCACUCCUGAACUAACUAAUACGAUGCCAGUAAUAACCAGUCGUGAGGAACGAAGCUCAACAACUACUUUGGCACCUUCAGAAACAACACCAGAAAGGACCAUUCCUGAUGCACCAAGCACCAAAUCUUACCAUUGGUCAACAUCUCCUGAAUUAACUACAAUACCAGAAACAACCAGUUCUUAUGUACCAAGCCCUACAACUCCACUUGUAACAACCACUUCUGAACUAACUGAUUUGGUGGCCUUAACCAGUCCUGAUGUACAAAACCCUAGUACUCUUGUGACACCUUCAACACAACCAGAAACAACCAUUGUUUAUGUUGAAAGAACCAUAUCUUCUCAUUGGUCAACACCUCUUGAAAUAGCUACGACCGAAACGACAAGUACCGGUGAGGGAAUCUCUACACCGCUUGUGACACCUUCAGAAACGACCGAAACAGCCAGUUCUGACUUGCCAACUACCAAAGCUUUGGAGGGGCCGGCGCCUCUUGAAUUAACAGAUGCAACACUAAAAACAACCACUAAUGAUGUACCAAGCACCAAAUCUUCAAUUUGGCCAAUACCUACUGAAUCAACAACUAUAACACAAGAAACAACCAGUCCUGAUGUACCAAGCCCCAAAUCUUCUCAAUGGACAAAACCUCCCGAAUUAACUACAAUUCUAGAAACAACCAGUACUGAUUUACGAAGCCCUACAAAUCAUCUGACACUCUCAAAGACUACUACAUUACCAGCAAUAGUCAGUCCCGAUGUCCCAAUCACAAUAUCUUAUCAAUGGCCAACGUCCUCUGAAUUAAUAAAAACAUCAGAAAAAAACAGUACUGAUGUACCAAGCCUCACAACACCACUUGUGAUAACCACUUCUGAACAAGCUAAUGCGAUGGCAGGAAUAACCAGUCUUGAUGUACUAAGCUCUGCAACCCUUGUGCCAUCUUCAGAAACUACAACACCAGACAACACCGGUCCUGAUGUACCAAGAACUUCAGAAACAACCAUUACUGAUGUACGAAGCUCUACAACUCUUGUGACAACUUCAGAAACUACAAUACAACCAGAAACAACCAGUUAUGAUGUACCAAGCCCCGCAACGCCAAUUGGGACAACCACUUCUCAACCAACUAAUACGAUGCCAGUAAUAACCAGUCGUGAGGUACGAAGCUCAACUCUUUUGGCACCUUCAGAAACUACAACACCAGAAAGGACAAUUUCUGAUGCACCAAGCACCAAAUCUUCUCAUUGGUCAACACCUCCUGAAUUAACAACUACAAUACAAGAAACAAGCAGUCCUGAUGUACCAAGCCCUACAUCUCCACUUGUAAAAACCACUUCUGAACCAACUGAUAUAAUUGUCUUAUCAACCAGUCAUGUACAAAGCCCUACAACUAUUGUGACACCUUCAAAAACUACAACACAACCAGAAACAACCAGUCCUGAUGCACCAACUUCUCAAUGGCCAACAUCCCCUGAAUUAACUACAACAUCAAAAACAACCAGUCCUGAUGUACCAAGCACCAAAUCUUCUCAAUUGACAACACCUCAAUUAACUUCAACUUCAGAAACAACCAUUACUGAUGUACGAAGCUCUACAACUCUUGUGACACCUUCAGAAACUACAACACAACCAGAAACAACCAGUCCUAAUGUACCUACUUCUCAAUGGCCAACAUCCCCUGAAUUAACUACAACGUCAAAAACAACCAGUCCUGAUGUACCAAGCACCAGAUCUUCUCAAUUGACAACACCUCAAUUAACUUCAACUUCAGAAACAACCAUUACUGAUGUACAAAGAUCUACAACUCUUGUGACACCUUCAGAAACUACAACACAACCAGAAACAACCAGUUCUGAUGUAACAAGCCUUACAACGCCAAUUGGGACAAUCACUUCUCAACCAACUAAUACGAUGCCAGUAAUAACCAGUCGUGAGGUACGAAGCUCAACUCUUUUGGCACCUUCAGAAACUACAACACCAGAAAGGACCAUUCCUGAUGCACCAAGCACCAAAUCUUCUCAUUGGUCAACACCUCCUGAAUUAACAACUACAAUACAAGAAACAAGCAGUCCUGAUGUACCAAGCCCUACAACUCCACUUGUAACAACCACUUCUGAACCAACUGAUAUAAUGGUCGUAUCAACCAGUCAUGUACAAAGCCCUACAACUAUUGUGACACCUUCAAAAACUACAACACAACCAGAAACAACCAGUCCUGAUGCACCAACUUCUCAAUGGCCAACAUCCCCUGAAUUAACUACAACAUCAAAAACAACCAGUCCUGGUGUACCAAGCACCAAAUCUUCUCAAUUGACACCUCAAUUAACUUCAACUUCAGAAACAACCAUUACUGAUGUACGAAGAUUUACAACUCUUGUGACACCUUCAGAAACUACAAUACAACCGGAAACAACCAGUUCUGAUGUACCAAGCCCCGCAACGCCAAUUGGGACAACCACUUCUCAACCAACUAAUACGAUGCCAGUAAUAACCAGUCGUGAGAUACGAAGCUCAGCAACUCCUUUGGCACCUUCAGAAACUACAACACCAGAAAGGACCAUUCCUGAUGCACCAAGCACCAAAUCUUUUCAUGGGUCAACACUUCAUGAAUUAACAACUACAAUACAAGAAACGACCAGUCCUGAUGUACCAAGCCCUACAACUCCACUUGUAACCACCACUUUUGAACCAACUGAUAUGAUAGUCUUAUCAACCAGUCAUGUACAAAGCCCUACAACUAUUGUGACACCUUCAAAAAUUACAACACAACCAGAAACAACUAGUCCUGAUGUACCAAGCCCCAAAUCUUCUCAAUGGCCAAUAUCCCCUAAAUUAACUACAACACCAGAAACAACCAGUCCUGGUGUACCAAGCCCUACAACUCUACUUGUAACAACCACUUCUGAACCAACUGAUAUGAUGCUCUUAACAACCAGUCAUGUACAAAGCCCCACAACUCUUGUGAAACCUUCAAAAACUACAACACAACCAGAAAUAACCAUUCCUGAUUGGCCAAGCACCAAAUCUUCUCAAUGGCCAACAUCCCCUGAAUUAACUACAUCAAAAACAAUCAGUACUGAUGUAAGUAUCCCUACAUUUCGUGUGACACCUUCAGAAAGUACAACACCAGAAACCACCAGUACUGAUGUACCAAGCACCAAAUCGUUUCAAUGGCCAACACCUCAUUUAACUGGAACUCCAGAAACAACCAUUACUGAUGUACAAAGCCAAACAACUCUUGUGACACCUUCAGAUACUACAAAACCAGAAACAACCAGUCCUGCUUGGCCAAGCACCAAAUCUUCUCAAUGGCCAGCAUCCCUUGAAGUAACUACAUCAAAAACAAGUCUUGAUGUAGAAAGUCUCACAACACCACUUGUAACAACCACUUCUGUACCAACUAAUGUGAUGGCAGUAAUAACCCGUCCUGAUGUAAGAAGCUCUACAACUCUUGUGCCACCUUCAGAAACUACACCAGAAAACACCAGUCCUGAUGUACCAAGCCCCACAAUUCCAGUUUUGACAGCCACUUCUGAACCAAUUAUCACCUUGCGAUUAGUAACCAGUCUUAAUGUACCUAGCCUUACAACUCUUGUGACACCCUCAAAAAAAACUACCUUGCCAGAAACAACCAGUUCUGUUGUACCAAGCACAAAAUCUUUUAAUUGGCCAUCGCCUCCUGAAUCAACAAGUACAACCAGUUCUGAUGUACCAAGCACCAAAUCUUCUCAAUGGAAAACACUUCAAUUAACUUCAACUUCAGAAAAAAACCUGACUGAUGUGCGUAUCUCUACAGCUCUUGUGACACCUUCAGAAACUACAACACAACUAGAAACAACCGGUCCUGAUGUACCAAGCACCACAUCUUCUCAAUGGCCAACAUCCCCUCAACCUGAAUUAACUACACCAGAAAACACCAGUCCUGAUGUACCAAGCACCAAAUCUUCUCAAUGGACAACACCGCAAUUAACUUCAACUUUAGAAACAACUAUUACUGAUGUACGAAGCUCUACACCUCUUAUGACAACUUCAGAAACUACAACACAACCAGAAACAACCAGGCUUGAUGUACCAAGCACCAAAUCUUCUCAAUGGACACAAGCUCCUGAAUUAACUACAACUCUAGAAACAAACAGUUUUGAUGUACCAAGCCCCACAACGCUGAUUUUGACAACCACUUCUCAACUAAUUAAUACGAUGCCAGUAAUAACCAGUCGUGAGGUACGAAGCUCAACAACUACUUUGGCACCUUCAGAAACAACACCAGAAAGGAUAAUUCCUGAUGCACCAAGCACCAAAUCUUCUCAUUGGUCAACACCUCCUGAAUUAACUACAAUACAAGAAACGAGUCCUGAUGUACCAAGCCCUACAACUCUACUUGUAACAACCACUUCUGAACCAACUGAUAUGAUGGUCUUAACAACCAGUCAUGUACAAAGCCCUACAACUCUUAUGGCACCUUCAAAAACUACAGCACAACCAGAAAUAACCAGUCCUGAUGGGCCAAGCACCAAAUCUUCUCAAUGGACGACACUUCAAUUAACUUCAACUUCCGUAAAAACCCUGACUGAUGUGCGUAUCGCUACAACUUUUGUGACACCCUCAGAAACUACAAAACAAAUAGAAACAACCAGUCCUGAUAUACCAAGCCCCACAACGCCACUUGUGACAACCACUUCUCAACCAACAAAUAUGAUGUCAGUAAUAACCAGUCCUGGUGUACGAAGCUCAACAACCCCUCUGGCACCUUCAGAAACUACAACACCAGAAAGUACCAGUCCUGAUGCACCAAGGACCAAAUCUUACCAUUGGUCAACAUCUCCUGCAUUAACAACUACAAUACCAGAAACAACCAGUUCUUAUGUACCAAGCCCUACAACUCCACUUGUAGCAACCACUUCUAAACUAACUGAUUUGGUGGCCUUAACCAGUCCUGAUGUACAAAACCCUAGUACUCUUGUGACACCUUCAACACAACCAGAAACAACCAUUGUUUAUGUUGAAAGUACCAUAUCUUCUCAUUGGUCAACACCUCUUGAAAUAGCUACGACCGAAAAGACAAGUACCGAUGAGGGAAUCCCUACACCGCUUGUGACACCUUCAGAAACGACCGAAACAGCCAGUUCUGACUUGCCAACUACCAAAUCUUUGGAGGGGCCGCCGCCUCUUGAAUUAACAGAUGCAACACUAAAAACAACCUCUAAUGAUGUACCAAGCACCAAAUCUUCAAUUUGGCCAAUACCUACUGAAUCAACAACUAUAACACAAGAAACAACCAGUCCUGAUGUACCAAGCCCCAAAUCUUCUCAAUGGACAAAACCUCCCGAAUUAACUACAAUUCUAGAAACAACCAGUACUGAUGUACGAAACCCUACAAAUCAUCUGACACUCUCAGAGACUACUACAUUACCAGCAAUAGUCAGUCCCGAUGUCCCAAUCACAAUAUCUUAUCAAUGGCCAACAUCCUCUGAAUUAUUAAAAACAUCAGAAAAAAACAGUACUGAUGUACCAAGCCUCACAACACCACUUGUGAUAACCACUUCUGAACAAGCUAAUGCGAUGGCAGGAAUAACCAGUCUUGAUGUACUAAGCUCUGCAACUCUUAUGCCAUCUUCAGAAACUACAACACCAGACAACACUGGUCCUGAUGUACCAAGCACCAAAUCAUCUCAAUGGCCAACAUCCCCUGAAUUAAAAACAUCAGAAACAACUAGUCCUGAUGUACCAAGCACCAAAUCUUCUCAAUGGCAAACACCUCAAUUAACUUCAACUUCAGAAACAACCAUUACUGAUGUGCAAAGCUCUACAACUCUUGUGACACGUUCAGAAACUACAACUCAACCACAAACAACCAGUUCUGAUGUACCGAGCCUCACACCGCCAACUGUGACAACCACUUCUCAACUAACUAAUACGAUGCCAGUAAUAACCAGUCGUGAGGUACCAAGCUUAACUCCUUUGGCACCUUCAGAAACUACUACACCAGAAAGGACCAUUCCUGAUGCACCAAGCACCCUAUCUUCUCAUUGGUCAACACCUCCUGAAUUAACUACAAUACAAGAUUCAACCAGUCCUGAUGUACCAAGCCCCACAACUCCAGUUGUCACAACCACUUCUGAACCAAAUAUUACCUCGCAAGCAAUAACUAGCCCUAUUGCACUCAGCCCUACAGCUCAAAACAACCAGCCCAGAUGUACCAAGCACCACAACUUCAUUUGUGACAAGCCUCUCUGA